AUGGGUUCUUGGUGGUCAUCAACGUCAUCCUCUUCAUCAUCAUCAUCAUCACCAUCAUCAUCAUACCAUGAACAAUCAUGGGAGGAGGCACACGAUUCCAAACCCGUGCCGCAGCGCAGGCGGCCCGGCGAAGUUCGUGUCGGCGUGGUGGGGGACCCGGGUGCGGGGAAGAGCACGUUCAUCAACUCGGUCCGCGGGCUGAGGCCCCGGGACCCCGGCGCGGCGCGGGUCGGGCUCACCCACACCACCGCCGAGCCCACAGAGUACCCGCAUCCCGACCGACCUGACGACCUGGUGCUCAUCGACUUUCCCGGGGUUCUGCUCAGGAGACACGCCGGCAGGUUCGGAGACUUCAACAUCGGGCAGUAUCUACUGGAGUUCGGGUCCUACAUGCAAAGCUGCGACGUGUUCCUGGUGUUCUGCCGGGGCCGCAUCCAACACAACCCCGUCAGCAUCGCGCUAGCCGCGCACAGGAUGGGCAAGAGGGUUCUGUUCGUCAGGUCUCAGUUCGACAAGGACGUGGCGGACAAGGAGAACGACGACCCAGAGUACUUCGACGACAAGUGCUCGGUCCACCUGAUGGAGGAGCUCCGACAGGACUACAUCCGGGUCCUGCGUGACGUGGGCUGGCCGCGUGACGUCAGCGAUGACGAGGUGUUCAUCAUCAGCGGCAGGCUGGAGUACGUCACGCAGGACAUGUGGGACGCGCUCGAGCUGAAAAACGCCAUCUUUGGACAGAGAAGAUAAAAGAACCGUGCGUUUCGUGGGGUUGUACUUUGUUUUGAA